UUUCGUGUCUCACGGCGAACCACACUUGAUAUAUACGACGCGAGAGGGAGAAAGAGAGAGCGACACAGACAAAAGGGGUGGUCACGUUUCUCCUGAUCGAGAACCAUCCAUCUUUCUGAACGCUGCUGUGGCAAGAGGCAUCUCAGCGACUGAGGUUGACAGACUGGGAUACAUCGCUCAAGAAUCAUGCCUGCUGGAGGCAACGGAGCUGCAGGAACAGCACCGUUGUCAGCCGCAGCAAGCGCGUUUGUGCCUUCCACUGCUGCUGCUGCUGCUAUUUCUACAGCGUCGUCCACCCCUUCCACCCGCCCUCGGCGAGGCCACCCCGAAGAUGACAACGACACAAGCAACAGCGGCAGAGGUGGCCGUGGAGCGAAGGCCAACAACGACUACCGCCGAAAAUCCGGCCGCCGCAACAUAGGAGGGGACGGCGCCACAGCUCCUCCCCACACAGCUGGCGAGGACACCCAGGCAGAGCUGCAACAGGGGAGCAACAGCAACUCCAGCAAGAGAGGAGGGUCAAAGAGGGGAGGGUGGAAUGGUUCGAAGGGUAGGGGCGGGGGCGGGGGCAGGGGCAGGGGGGACCGCGGCAACGCCGCUCCCAACAGAAACCCGAAAAGCAGUUCCCGCGGGGCGGGUCGGGGAGGCGGCGGCGGCAGCAGAGCGGUGGAUCAGGAAGAAGAGGGAGGGCGGCCUCUUUGCAUCGUGUGCGCGAACGAGAUGGAAUAUUUCGCCGUGGGCGAGUGCAAUCACCCCGGACGGUGCUCCACGUGCGCGAUGAGGAGCCGGGUUCUCCUCAAGGACCGCUCGUGCCCCGAAUGCAAGACGGUCCAGGACAGGCUGGUGGUGGCGGAGCUCCCGGCUAGCCGCGACGCCCCUCGGUUCGAAACCUUCAACCUUUGGGGAGAUUUCGCCGGGCCGGACUCGGUGUUCGACGACGAAAGCGGCAUGGUUUUCUACGCUUGCCGGGGGCAUUACGACGACCUCCUGAGGAUGAGGGACCUCUACUGUCCCGUAACGGGCUGCAAGGGUGCUGCUGCGGGUGGGCGGGAGGGCGGGCAAGGGUGCGGCGUCGGUGGGCACGAGCUGUUUCCAAACAUAGGUGUGUGCGUGUUCUCUGCGUCAUACAUGCGCAGCAUAUGUUGGUCAACCUUGACCACAUCAACAGGGGCUCUCAUGGAACACUUGAAGGACUUUCACCAGCGCUUCCUCUGCGAGCUCUGCCUGGAGGGCAGGCCCCUGUUUCUCUCCGAGCAGGAGGUAUUUACCGCGUCAGGCCUCCGAAAGCACGAAGCUAGGGUGGAAGGGGGGCACCCCCUCUGCCGAUUCUGCAACAAGCGGUUCUUCGACAACACGGCGCUGUACGACCACAUGACGGGGACGCACAUCAACUGUCAUCUUUGCCCGGAAGAGAACCAGCACAGGCAAGCAAGGUAUUUCCGCGGAGAGCCCCAGCUCCGGGACCACUUGAGGACCUCCCACUUCCUGUGCGACAGGGGAGCCUGCCGACAGCGCGGCGUCGUCAGCGCGUUCAACACUCCUUUGGAGUUUCAGGCACAUCUGUUGGAGGACCACGGCAUCACCGACCGCCGCGCCGCGUCAGCGGGAGGCGUCGGCUUCAACGUUCGCCGCGCGGCUCGCGAUGGCACAGGCCUCCACACCUCCUACAACUCCGUGGCUGAUGCCACCACACCGACAGGGGAGUCUCUCGCCGCUCCCGACCCCGAACUCGACCUCGCUGGAGGCGUCAUGGUCCCCGUGCCUUCAACCCGGGGACGCGAGUCAACCGUUCCCGCCCCCGGAACGACUCCCACCGGAAGAACCAGAAACUUACCGAGCGGUGGUGGGAGCGCUGCUGCUGAUCCCUUGCAGGAGGCGUUUCCGUCUCUGCCGGCUGCGCCGCCGCGGUCCUCCGGCGGCGGCGGCGGCGGCGGCGGCGGCGGCGCGGGCGGCGGCGCCCGGCAGGAGCGACACGCGCUCUCCCUGGUGGGGAAGAACAUCAGGCCGGAUCACCAGAGGGGGGGCGGCGGAAGGGCGGGAGGCGGUGCGCCGACAGGUUCGAGCGUCUCCAGCAGGGGUGGCGUCGGCGGCGGCGGCGGCGGCCACGGCUCCGAGGAAAAGGAGAAGGAAAAACGGCAGCUCUUGCGAAACAAGCGCCUCGCUGACGCCCUCGGCAUCAGGGCGGCUCUCGGAGCGGGCGCCGCCAUCGGCGGGGCGAAGGUCGGAACGACAGCAAGCGGGGCGGCGGUGGCCAUGGGCAUCGGCGACGGGCUGGAUGCGAUUCGAGAGCACCUGACGAGGACCAACUACUCGACCUACCUCGUGUCCUGGGCAAGGGCCAACCGUACGGAGCUGGGCAAGCUGGAACGACGGCUCGCCGAACUGGUGUCCGAUCCCAAGGGAACAAGCUGUCAACUCAAGCCGAUGCCGUCGCUUGACAGGAAGGCCGCGCACGAGCUGGCGGCGCACUACGGCCUCGUGACGCAGUCGUACGAUCUCGAGCCGAAGCGAUACGUCUCCGUCAUCAAGCAAAAGGGCUGCCGACUCCCUACUAGACUUCUUAGCAGCGCCGCCCAGGACCCGAGCUACACGGGCACGGACGAGGUUCCAGCGGCGGAGGGCGGUGGUGCAGCUCCGGCACUGGAAAGGACCACCACAAACCCAAACCCUCGCGCGACAAGCCUCCUGGGACCAGCGUCAACACCAUCUGGGGGCAAGGGUAGCGACCAUCCCCCGCCGGGGGUAACUCCGUCUUUGGGAGGAGGAGGUGGCCCCCGGACAUCGACAGUGACGUCAAUCUCGAGCGCGGAUCCGCUGGCGGUGGAUCCGGUUGCGGCUGCGGAGGCGGCGGCUGCGGCGGCCAACAACGCGAAGGCUGACGGCAAGAAGGCGUUCUUUCAGCGGAGCAAGAGGCGGGGAGUUCCGCCGCCCUCCUCCUCGGCAAGGCCGGCCACGGCAACACCAGCACCCGCAGCCAAGGCGGCGACUAUCCUCGCCGACCCAUUCCGGCAGGACCGGGAUGAGAAGGAAGACGCGGCGGCGGCGGAGGAGCUCAAGGGGCGGGAAACCAGCAACGACAGUGUUCCUGGGAACCCCAAGAAAUCAGGGUCAGCGAGCGGCAGCGGCAGUCUACCAGAGGCCGUCAAGAGCGCCGCCGCUGGCACUCCGAGCGGUCACGGCGGGCGGAACCGGGGCAACGGCGCCGGGCCCGGUGGAGCCGCAGCGGUGGGCCCGGACAACCCCGAGUGCCUCCUGGUGUUCCAUUCGGUGCAGGCGGGUCUCGGGGGCGGGGACGCUGUCCUGGCGUCAGUCAGGACGCUCGUCCCUGCCAGGACUGUCGUUGGGGUUCGACCGGCCACUGCUAAGGAGGUAUCGGCGGCGGGGGUGCAGGGGCACCGCGGUGGUGGGGGCUCUGGGGGAAGUACUCUCAUCAUGGAGUUCUCCAGCGCGCUGAAUGCGAGGCGCGCGUGGGAGAAGGUCGAGAAAGAAGCGGAGCAACUAGUUGCAGCGGCCCGCGUUACCCGGACGGACCACCACGCCCCCUUCCGGGCCAAGCUAUACCCUUCUGCUCCCCCUGCCGACGAUGGUGGUGUCGGUGGUUGUGGUAGCUUGGUCGACGUUGUCCGUGACAACUGGGAUGACUCCUCGGAGGAGGAGGAUGAGGAACCUGUGGGCGUAGCAAGAGAUGGCGCUAGAGACGAAGGAGGGGACGACGAGACAGAAAGGAAGGAGGAGCCGCGGUUGCAAGACAGCCACGAAGAUGAAGACCGGGCCCAAGAGCACGAGGGCAAGGAGGAGAAAUUGGCACCACGUGAGACAGGGGACGAUGAUUCGACCGCGUCCCCGGCUCCUGGAGCCUCCGCUGCUGCUGCUACUGCUGCUGUCCCUACGGCCGUCGCCCCUGCAGCGGCUGCGGCACCGUCUUCGACUGGGACAGGGAAGCGGCACUCCAAGUGGGGCAACUCGGCGAUCAAGGGGAGGCUCUCGCGGCCUUCCGACGGUCGGGCGACGACGGUGGAGCAGGAGGCGGCCGCCCGCCAAGAACGCCUCGAGAAGCUGAGCGCCGCGUAUGGAGGAGGCCCGGCGAGAGAACCGGCAGAGGCGGGACCAGGACAGGAGAGCCGAGCGCGCAGACGCGGGUAAACUCGAAGCGCACGCAUUCAUGUGGGAAAACCUUGGGGGAAGCUCUUCGGAAAGCUCUUCUUCGGGAGAGAACAGCGACGACGAUGGCCAAGAACAAAUUCGAGAAGCAGAGUCGACCGAAGCAGCGG